CCUCAGGGGCAGAGCCACCGCUGUUGGGAUAGCAAGCUGCUCGGCCUGCAGCUAGGGACAGAAAGAAAGUAUGAAGCCCUCCUGGUUGCAAUGUCGCAAAGUAACAGGCGCCGGGACGCUUGGGGCACCUCUGCCAGGAUCUUCUUCAGUAAGAGGAGCUGGUGUGGCCCGAAGGGCUUUGGUGGCCGGGUUCGGGGGCAGGGGCUGCAGGGCUCUGUCCACAAGCAGCGGUGGUGGCGAGUACAAGACCCACUUUGCAGCCUCUGUGGCUGACCCGGAGAGAUUCUGGGGUAAAGCUGCUGAGCAGAUCAGUUGGUACAAGCCCUGGACCAAAACACUAGAGAACAGAUACCCGCCUUCCACUAGUUGGUUUGUGGAAGGGAUGCUCAACAUUUGUUACAAUGCUAUUGAUCGGCACAUCGAAAAUGGCCAAGGGGAUAAGAUCGCUAUCAUCUAUGACAGUCCCGUUACAGACACCAAAGCAACUAUCUCCUAUAAGGAAGUCUUGGAGCAGGUCUCUAAGCUGGCUGGUGUCUUGGUCAAGCAAGGUGUCAAGAAAGGUGAUACUGUGGUCAUCUACAUGCCCAUGAUCCCACAAGCAAUAUACGCCAUGCUGGCAUGUGCGAGGAUAGGCGCAAUCCACAGUCUCAUAUUCGGCGGGUUUGCAUCCAAGGAAUUAAGUACACGCAUUGAUCACGUGAAGCCUAAGGUGGUUGUUACAGCAUCAUUCGGCAUUGAGCCUGGGAGGAAGGUAGAGUACAUGCCCCUUCUAGAAGAAGCUCUCAGAAUAGGACAACACAAACCAGACAGACUCCUCAUUUACAACCGUCCAAAUAUGGAGAAAGUUCCUUUGAUGUCAGGUCGUGAUCUUGAUUGGGAAGAAGAAAUGGCAAAAGCCCAGUCACAUGACUGCGUGCCUGUUCUCUCAGAGCAUCCCUUGUACAUUCUCUACACAUCUGGAACAACUGGCCUGCCUAAGGGUGUGGUUAGACCCACUGGGGGAUAUGCUGUAAUGUUGAACUGGACAAUGUCUUCCAUAUAUGGACUUAAACCUGGAGAGGUAUGGUGGGCAGCUUCUGACUUAGGCUGGGUUGUCGGACAUUCCUAUAUUUGCUAUGGUCCUCUUCUACAUGGAAACACAACAGUUUUAUAUGAGGGGAAGCCUGUGGGAACACCGGAUGCCGGCGCUUAUUUCCGUGUGCUCGCAGAGCAUGGAGUGGCUGCCUUGUUUACAGCACCAACCGCAAUUAGAGCCAUCCGUCAACAGGACCCUGGGGCAGCCUUGGGGAAGCAGUACUCUCUGACAAGGUUCAAGACACUGUUUGUGGCUGGGGAAAGAUGUGAUGUGGAGACCCUAGAGUGGUCCAAAAAAGUCUUCCGCGUACCUGUCCUAGACCACUGGUGGCAAACAGAGACCGGAUCCCCCAUCACUGCAUCAUGUAUCGGACUAGGCAACUCCAAAACACCCCCACCAGGACAAGCAGGAAAAUGUGUUCCAGGAUACAAUGUUAUGAUUUUGGAUGACAACAUGCAAAAACUGAAGGCUAGAAGCUUAGGAAAUAUCGUGGUAAAGUUGCCUUUACCACCUGGGGCUUUUUCAGGACUGUGGAAGAAUCAGGAAGCAUUCAAGCAUUUAUACUUUGAGAAAUUUCCUGGAUACUAUGACACUAUGGAUGCUGGCUACAUGGAUGAAGAAGGCUAUCUCUAUGUUAUGUCCCGAGUGGAUGAUGUAAUAAACGUUGCAGGCCACAGGAUUUCUGCAGGGGCUAUUGAGGAGUCAGUCCUUUCACACGGCACUGUGACUGACUGCGCUGUAGUUGGCAAGGAAGACCCCUUGAAAGGUCAUGUCCCAUUAGCACUCUGCGUGUUGAAGAAAGACGUAAAUGCAACAGAAGAACAAGUUUUGGAAGAGAUUGUGAAACAUGUUAGGCAGAGCAUUGGCCCCGUGGCUGCUUUUCGAAAUGCAGUUUUCGUCAAACAGUUACCCAAAACCAGGUCUGGCAAAAUUCCACGGUCUACCCUGACUGCCCUGGUCAAUGGCAAACCUUAUAAGGUAACCCCUACAAUUGAGGACCCCAGCAUUUUUGGUCACAUCGAAGAAGUACUGAAGCAGGCUUUGUGAUGUUUGUUUACUCUUUUCAAUCCCUUCGUCUUAACUUUCUAGCUGGAUCUAGGUCAUCUAUUUUCUACAAGUAAAUACUUGAAGAAAAAAUUCCUCAUCAACUCAGCUGUGAGCUGUAGUGUGUAGUUAGUCUGGUGGCCCCUGAAAGGCUGUACGUUGUGUUUUGCGGAAACCCGUUUGCCCCGUUACCUCUUUUCUGUAACAUGGAUCAUUCUACACUAUCGCGUGUGUCAAGGAGCAUGUUAAGGAGUAUGGCUUUGCUAACUCGUGGGCUUCACAAACACAUUCUAGUGGAAAAUAUCUGUACUACAAAUGCACUUUCUGGAGAUAAAAAUCAGCCACACGUUGAUCAAAAUCUAAACUGAAAUCUAAGUCAGAAUAUGAUUUACAAUGCUAUCGUAGAGACUCGAAUGUUGUUUACUGUUCUAAAGAUGACUGCCAUGCUUCCAGGUAAUUAGCAAGACAGGAUAGGCUGCCUAGCAACACAGGACCCAGGGUCAAGCACCACUGCCUGGUUGCUUGUUACUGGGUAAGGGGAGGCAUAUAUCUGGCAGAGAACCUAGCUAUCCUUCCACCAAAUAUUUUGGGAGAUAAAGACUUCUGCAAUCCCCUGUCAUGGUUCACUCUGUGUAUCUGGAUGCUUUCGUCUUUCCACGGAAUCAAGGGAUGCCCUUCAACUAGAAAGGAAUAACAAGAAAGAUCUUAUAAGAAAUUGAAAUUUUUUCAUCCUCUGCUAGAUGUCAAUACAUUUUCAGAGCUUUGCCAAUAUCAAUGAGCCUUCUCUCUUCUCUGUGUCUGUCUCUGUCUGUCUCUCUGUCUGUCUCUCUGUCUUCCCCCUCCCCCUGUUCUCACAAAUCCUUGUCCCCCUGCCUCUUACUCAUAGUUGCUGGGGUUAGUUCCAAAGUAGUACUUUUUCCUCCUAUAAGGGUUGAACCCAGAGCCUUGUGCGUGUUAGGUAAGCAUCUUCCACUGAGCUAGACCACUGGUGCUCAAUGAAUUCAUGUUGGUUCUUGAGGUGCAUAUCCCAACAAGUGAUUUUUAAGAACAAUGCACAGCCUUAAAUACUAGAAACCAUGCACUCCAUCAAGAGUGCAGUUCUAUCAGAUCCCAGAGAAAUGGCUCAGGAGAGAGGCUGUACCAAUACUGCAAGAGCCUCUGGUUUUCAAGAGAACCCCAAACGUUUACUCUUAGUGCAAGUUUUAAUUUGAAUUUGAAUAAAUAUCAAAUCAUCUAAAAUCAUAGUCUAACAUACAUUUCUUCUAUAAAAUGAUGGAGUCUUUUAAAAACUGGAAUUAAGCCUUUAAUAAAUUGAUAGAAAUUUACCCGUUUAAAGCAGAAAGAAAUUGCUGAUUAACCAGCUUAGAGCUCUACAUCUGUUAUUAUUUUUAGAAUAUAUACUUAAAUUAAAAAAAAGUUUACUGUGCUCAUUGAAUCUCUGAGAGUACUUGGAAUAAUUUCUCAAUUCUUCAGAUUCUUUUGGAAACAUGAUGAAGAGCACAGUGUCCUCACAGAAUAGCCCAAAAAUGAAAUAUAGGUAAGCAACAACAGAUAGGCAUUUACUGGCCAUAAAAGCUAUGCGUAUCUUACCUACAGCUCUUGUUUUAGGCCUCUUUGGUCUGUGUUCUAACCGAUAAGUCCAAAUACAAGAAAUAUAGGUGAGAAUUAACAAAUUACAAUUUAUUUGUUAAAAGUUAUAUAUGUAUAAGGGCCCCUUUAUAUUUAAAGGCUCUUAGAUAAAGGCUCCAUUUUAGGCAACUUUGGGGGCAAAAAUGGAAAAUAAAUGGCUUCUCAAAAGGAAGUUUUAUUAAUUAAACUACCUUCUUUAUUGGUAACAUUGAAAACAAUAUCUUUAUCAUCUUUAAUUAUUUUGGUAUUCUGAAUUAAUCUAACGUUUUGUAACUUGUAGCUGUUGAGUUUCUUGAAUUAUUCAUUGUACAUGUACAUCUUACCCAUUAUCACAACUGUUGGGAUUACAAAUCAAUGAUUUUUAAUACGUUAGCAUCGAAAUACAGUUCAUUACUUUCUCCACAUGAAUCAGGUGCUUUAACUAAGUUUUUCAUUUUGAUAUUUGCAAGUUAGAAGACACUCAAGCAGAUCUAAGACUUGAGUAAAGUUUUCAUCUUUGGACCAUUUGUAGAUUUUCUUCUUUCUCAGAUCUGAAGGGACACAUCGGCAAGUAAGCCUAGGUUACUUUCCAGUAGAAAGAAUCUUUAAAAGUAUGUAAACAAAAUGGACAAAACAAACAAAAAACAGUUUUUCACACAUGGAAGGGAGCUGUUUUUCUUGUUUCAAUGAGGAAAUCCAUCUCCCCUGCAGACUAGAGGCAGUGAUCAUGUUGUGGUCCUAAAAUGAAGUCAACAGACUGCUUAGACACUUGGGAGGAAAUUAAAGAAUGUUCUGUUUUAAAAUCUCACCAUAAGGUUUUUGGCGUUGCUUGUUUUGUUUGUCAAAUUGCAUCUAAAAUAUUUUGAAUUCAAUGUGUCUCUGAUAGCAAUGACAUAAUCCAAGAAAUGUGACCAUACUUAAGUUGACCUUGAUGACUUCUCUGUGAUCUUUCAUUUGAUGAAAUUUUUAAAUUUGUAAGACACCUGCAGAAUGGAAAUAAAAAGUACCUUUAACGUUUAAA